UCAAAAAAAAAGAGAAAGCUCUUGUGGCUCCGAAUGUAUUACAUAAGACAUCAAAGAGCAUGUAAAUUCAACUCCAUCCGAAUGAACAUCCUGGCUCCGUCCCAAUAACAGCCAUGGCGCCCAUCUGCUACUCCCAAAUUUUGCUAUAUUCUCUCUCCGUAUUCUUGUUUUUUAUUUCGGAAUCAGAAACACUAACCUUCAACCUGUCCAACAUAGGCCCUCAACAUCAAAACGUCUACAUAAGACCAUUCCAAGAUGCCUAUAUCUCAUCCCAAGGCCUCCAAGUCACCUCCGAUGAAAGAAGCACCAAUUUGCUGCAAAGAUUUGGUAAGGCCACUUACUUCGAACCCCUUCACCUUUGGGAUAAAUCCACUGGAAACUUAACAGAUUUCUCUACCCAUUUCACUUUCGUGAUUGAUUCCAAAGGUCUUCCUCAUUUCGCUGAUGGAAUUGCCUUCUUUCUCACUCCGAAGGGGUCAGAGUGGUCAGAUUAUGGACAUGGUAGUACAAUAGGUCUGCCAAUUAAACAUGGUGGUCAAGAACCCUCUAGCCCUUUUGUUGCUGUGGAGUUUGAUACGUGUCAGAACGUUGAUGUGGACCCAGUCGAUAUCAGCCCUGUUACUCAUGUAGGUAUCAAUGUCAAUUCUCUUAAUUCAACUAAUUUUUCAGUUUGGCACUGUGAUAUACCUCAGGGGAUAGAGAAUGAGGCUUGGAUUACGUAUGAUUCAAGCUCAUUCAAUUUAAGUGUAGUCGUUACUGGUUCUAUUAAUAAUUCCAGAGUGUAUGAUACCAUUCAUUCCAUUAUUAAUCUAAGGGAUUACUUACCUAACCGGGUAACAAUUGGGUUCUCAGCUUCAACAGGAUGGGCUUUUGAGACACAUACGAUAAAAUCAUGGGAUUUUAAUUCAAGUUUGGUAAUUAGUGAGACCAAUACAACUGUUACAGUAAAUACAGAAAAUAGGAAUGUUACAGAUCCAGGGAUCAUACCAGGAUCGAAAAAAAUCUCCCUGGGAGCUGUGGUGGGAUCAGUUGUCGGCUCGGGUGUUUUAGUUGGUGCGUUUGUUUUGGUUGGAUUUGGCUUUUGGAGGAGAAGGAGAGCAAAAGAAGAGGAUGAGUUUGAAGUUGAGAUGUCCAUGGAAAACGAAUUCGAGUCUGGUAGUGGGCCGAAGAAAUUUUCCUACGGCCAAUUAUCUCGGGCUACAAAUAACUUUGAGGAGGGACAAAAGCUUGGAGAGGGAGGGUUCGAUGGAGUUUAUAGAGGUUUCUUGAGGGAAUCCAAUUCUUAUAUUGCUGUCAAGAGGAUAUCAAAGGGGUCAAAACAAGGGAUAAAGGAGUAUGCAACGGAAGUGAAGAUCAUUAGCCGGUUGAGGCAUAGGAAUUUGGUGCAACCCAUCGGUUGGUACCACGAAAAGAAAGAACUACUCCUCGUUUAUGAGUUCAUGGAAAAUGGCAGCUUAGAUUUCCAUCUCUUCCAAGGGAAAAGCCUAUUGACAUGGGGAACAAGGUAUAAAAUCGCCCAAGGUUUGGCCUCAGCAUUGCUCUAUCUACAUGAAGAAUGGGAGCAAUGUGUUGUGCAUAGAGAUGUAAAAUCAAGCAAUGUGAUGUUGGACUCGAACUUCAAUGCCAAAUUGGGAGAUUUUGGGUUAGCUAGAUUUGUCGAUCACGAGAAACAGCCCGAAACAACUCUUUUGGCCGGGACCAUGGGGUACUUGGCAUCGGAAUGUGUGGUAACAGGUAAAGCUAGUAAGGAAUCAGAUGUCUACAGCUUUGGAGUCGUGGCGUUGGAAAUAGCUUGCGGGAGAAAACCACUUGAUUCGAAGGUGCCAGAGUCUCAAAUGAGACUAGUGGAAUGGGUUUCGGACCUCUAUGGAAUGGGAAGGUUAUUCGAAGCAGUGGACGCAAAACUAGGCUCGGAUUUUGAUGAGCAAGAAACAGAGCAUUUGAUGAUUGUUGGUCUUUGGUGUGCUCACCCGGAUCAUAAUUUCUGGCCUAAAAUCAGACAAGCAAUUCAUGUGCUUAAUUUUGAAGCCCCAAUGCCCACUCUCCCACCAAAAUUGCCCGUGCUAUCAUUUUUUCCUCUUCCAUUGAGCACUACCACCAAUAGUUCUAACAUCAGCCAAAACCAGUAUUCCAGCUAUACUUACAACACAGAUUCUUCUAAGUUCACCUCAUCUUCUAGUGCUUCGUCUCCAUCUAUAUCACUUUUGAAUAAAGAGUAAUUGGAUCAAUUACUUUUAGAUUUUGGAUUGUGGAUCAUAGAUUUUCGGAUUAUAAUGAGAGUCGGUAAGUUUGUUCAAAUAAUAUGAGUAGUUCACUUUUCUUCCUAUUGGUCUAGAUAGUUUUUAGAUUCAGUA